UUCGCAGGACACUCGACGCGCUGUUGAGAGCAUUUGACGCGUUGAAUAGCGAAAUGAUAGCUUUUCCCGCUUCGACAAGCUUCCUGGAACCACCACGAUGACCAGAUGCGCCCCGCUACCACACCAUGGUCCAGUCAAACGUCAUGCCGGCCGCGGGAAACGGCAAAAUGCUGCGCGUCUGUCAGCCGUCCAACAAGCCCCUCGUGCCCCUCCAUGCACUGGAUCGUGCUAAGAGAUGGCAAAAUUAUUCCGUUCAAACGCCGACGAAGCCGACGCGUUGUUAUGCAUUGCCUGGGAGCCUUCCCCAGGAAACUGCCUCAUCUUACCUUCCUCUACUUUGAAACUUCGACUGAAGCUGAAGAGAGUCCCAAUUGAUCUUCCUAUACCCAAAGAACGGCAGAAAACAGCAGCACCAUGGCUCCUCCUGCGGUUUUGAUGGUUGGUACCGGAGAGUACACAACCGGUUUUGUUGGCGGUGGUGCCUCCAAGUCAGACAAGAAGGUCGGUGUUGUGGGAUUGACCCUCUUCGACCUGCGAAGACGCGGCAAGGUCGGUGAUUUGUCCAUGGUCGGUGUUUCUGGAGGCAAAUUCCCUGCCAUUCGCGAGCAUCUCCGAAAGAAUAUCUCAGAGGCAUACAACGGCCUUGACGUUUCUUUCGAUGAGUUCCCCAAGGAGGGCAAGACUGAUCCAGAUGCGUACAAGACAGCAAUUGACGCUCUUCCCAAGGGCAGCGCCAUCACAAUCUUUACCCCAGACACCACCCACUAUCCAAUUGCUCUAUACGCCAUUGAGCGCGGCAUCCACGUCCUGAUCACGAAGCCAGCAGUCAAGCUGCUUGAGCACCACCAGGAGCUUCUCGCCAAGGCCAAGGAGCACAAUGUCUUUGUUUACAUUGAGCACCACAAGCGCUACGAUCCUGCCUACGCCGAUGCACGAUUCAGGGCCCAGAAGCUCGGUGACUUCAACUACUUCUAUUCCUACAUGAGCCAGCCGAAGAGCCAGCUCGAGACCUUCAAGGCUUGGGCCGGCAAGGAUAGCGACAUCUCGUACUACCUCAACUCCCACCACAUCGACAUUAAUGAGUCUAUGGUCCCUGAUUACAAGCCCGUUCGCGUUAUGGGAAGCGCGGCGAAGGGUAUUGCGACCACUCUUGGCUGCGACCCUGUUACUGAGGACACAAUCACACUUCUCACCGACUGGGUAAAGAAGGACGACCCCAGCAAGCGCGCGACAGGUGUCUACACAGCUGGUUGGGCAGCACCACAGAAGGCCGGUGUCCACUCAAACCAGUACUUCCACUACAUGUCUUCAUCUGGAGAGAUCCGUGUCAACCAGGCGAAGCGCGGCUACGACGUCACUGACGACGAGACCGGUCUGCUCUGGUACAACCCCUUCUACAUGAAGUACGCUCCUGACGAGGAGGGCAACUUCGCUGGCCAGAUCGGUUAUGGAUACAUCUCCUUCGAGAAAUUCAUCGACGCCGUCAACCUGCUCAACGACGGCAAGGUCACACUCGAACAGCUCGAUGCGCGCCCGCUCCCCACACUGAAGAACACCAUCGCCACAACUGCCAUCCUCGAGGCUGGGCGGAGAUCGCUGGACGAGAACCGACCUAUCGAGAUCAUUGAGGAGAACGGUGUCUGGUCUUUGAAGUAAGCAUAGCGUUUUGCGGAGUUUUUAUGAAUGAAAU